GGCCGUCCGUCCGUCGGUCUGUCCGCCUCCCCUUCCCCCACGCCUCCUUCCUCCGGGCGCCGCGCGGGUCGGGAGGUCGGAGGGGCCCCCUAGGUCUUCAGGACGCCCGCGGCCCGCGUCCCUGCGGCAGCGCCUCGGCGGCGGCGCCUGCAGAACCUGGUACCGGGCAGGUUCGGGUCGCGGCCGGGCAGUAUCUCGCCGCGCUUACUCCGCGGCUGGGGCCUCUGACGCCUCCACUUGUGGAGUUCUUCCCUGAGCGGCUGUAACUUUAAACCACUCUGCGCGAGGCCUAUUUUUAUUCGGAAAUCAGCGACCAGGGCGUCUGUGGAGAAUGCUCAGAUGGAGGGCCAGCCCGCCACUUGAAGUUUUCUCACAAAUCGGAGGGGAAAUAACCUCUUGUCCUAAUAAUCUCUCUUUUCGAUUUCACUUCUAUUGCCACCUCCCAGGGAGAGCCAGAUUGUUUGCUGUGGGGUCUUUUUGAUGAGGGUGUUGCCUGAGCUGGAGGAGCUGUAUCUGAACUCCACUGCUUGGCCUUUGUGUGGUGAUCCCGAGGCCCCCACACUUGAGCCGGGCCAAAGCUGUGGCCUAGUGUCCCCUCACAGGGAUUGCUCCAAGAGCUCCAGGGAACAGGCUCACAGUGGCAAGGACGAGGAGAUGAAUAUAGAAGCCAAGUACCGCAUGGCCUCCCUGUAUGUGGGUGACUUACAUGCAGAUGUCACGGAGGACCUGCUGUUCAGGAAGUUCAGCACUGUGGGGCCGGUGCUGUCCAUCCGCAUCUGCAGGGACCAGGUUACCCGCCGCUCUCUGGGCUAUGCCUACGUGAACUUUCUGCAUCUGGCUGAUGCCCAGAAGGCGCUGGACACAAUGAACUUUGACAUCAUAAAAGGCAAAUCUAUCCGUCUUAUGUGGUCUCAGCGUGAUGCCUACUUGAGGAGAUCUGGAAUUGGGAACGUGUUCAUCAAGAAUCUGGACAAAUCCAUUGAUAACAAAACCCUUUAUGAACAUUUUUCAGCUUUUGGAAAGAUCCUUUCCUCCAAGGUGAUGAGUGAUGAUCAAGGCUCCAAGGGCUAUGCGUUUGUGCACUUUCAGAACCAGAGUGCUGCAGACAGGGCCAUUGAGGAGAUGAAUGGAAAACUGCUCCAGGGCUGCAGGGUGUUCGUUGGCAGAUUCAAAAGCCGUAAAGAUCGUGAAGCUGAACUCAGAAGCAAAGCCAGUGAAUUCACCAAUGUUUACAUCAAAAACUUUGGAGGUGACAUGGAUGAUGAGAGAUUGAAGGAUGUUUUCAGCAAAUAUGGCAAAACUCUGAGUGUUAAAGUGAUGACAGAUUCCAGUGGGAAAUCCAAAGGCUUUGGCUUUGUGAGUUUUGAUAGCCAUGAGGCUGCCAAGAAGGCUGUCGAAGAAAUGAAUGGAAGGGACAUAAAUGGGCAGCUCAUUUUUGUAGCCCGGGCGCAGAAGAAAGUAGAGCGACAGGCUGAGUUAAAGCAAAUGUUUGAGCAGCUGAAAAACGAACGAAUUCGUGGGUGCCAGGUGGUAAAGCUCUAUGUUAAGAAUCUCGAUGACACCAUUGAUGAUGAAAAACUACGAAACGAAUUCUCUUCAUUUGGAUCAAUUAGCAGAGUUAAGGUAAUGCAGGAAGAGGGACAGAGCAAAGGGUUCGGCUUGAUCUGCUUCUCCUCUCCUGAGGAUGCUCUUAAAGCAAUGACUGAGAUGAAUGGCCGCAUCUUGGGCUCCAAACCUCUUAGCAUUGCCUUGGCCCAGAGACACUAGAAAAAAAAAGUACCUUCCCAGCUCGUAUUUGCAGCAGGUGGGGGAAUGAUAGUGAUCUCUGCCUGAACUGACCUCAGUAAAUUUAAUAUUCCACAUGAUGGGUGCUUAGUUUAGUAAACUUUGUGAUAAAAGGUUUUUUUUUUUUU